UUGCUGUAAUUAUGCUUAACUUAGCUCAUUUGUUGUUUGACUUGACUUAAUUUAGUUGAAAUUAAUUUAUAUGAAUAUUUUGAAAAGCAAAUUGCUACACUGCUAAAAUAUUAUCAACCUGAUUAUGUUAAAUGAAAACUAUUAAAUUUAUCUAAAAGGUAUGUCGGGCCAUAAAACAUUGAUAUGGGUCGAGGGGUCAUGCAUGGAGCUUCAUAUAUAACUGAUCGACACAACUAUAUUGAACCCGUUUCUAACACGGCCUACAAUGGCUACAUACUUGACUACUUGAGUAUUCUUGUUCAUAUUGCUUGCUCUCCACGACUCCACAUACAUUUCUUUUUAAUAUCAACACACAAUACACACUAGCCUCAUAAAUCCAACCAUAACAAAAAGUAGAGACCAUUAAAUAUCCUCCAUGAUUCCCUCAUUCUCUUUGUCUUCCACCUCUCCAACUUCCGCAUAAAAUUCCCAAUAUAAAAAAAUCCCAUGAAAACAAAAAAUAUUGUAACAACAAUAACUAAAUUAAAUUUUAAAAUUUAUAUAAAAAAAAGGGGAAUCCAACGAUUUUUGUUUCCCGAUUUUUGGCGCGAAAAUCAUGAAAAAUGACAGUUCAAUCGGCGGCGUUAAUGGCGGCGUCGGUGUCGGCGACGAGAUUUCGUACGUUCCGCCAUUGAAUUUUGCAAUGGUUGAUAAUGGCAUUUUCAGGUCUGGGUUUCCCGACACUUCUAAUUUACAGUUUUUGCAAACCCUAGGCCUCCGAUCAGUCAUAUGUUUGUGUCCAGAGCCAUAUCCGGAGGCGAUCGCGGAGUUCUUGAAAGAAAAUGGGAUUCAUCUCUUUCAAUUUGGCAUUGAGAUGAGCAAGGAACCAUUCGUUAAUAUUCCUGAAGAUAGGGUACGUGAAGCUCUGAAAACUGCUCUAGCAGAUGCAAAAAACCAGCCAGUUCUUAUACACUGCAAGUGUGGAAAGCACCGAACAGGAUGUCUUGUGGGAUGCUUAAGGAAGCUGCAGAAAUGGUGCCUGUCCUCAAUCUUUGACGAGUACCAGAGAUUUGCCGGAGUGAAAUCUAGAAUAUCUGAUCAGAGAUUUGUGGAGACGUUCGACAUUUCAAGCUUGAAAAACACUCAAAUGCAAUUUUCAUGCUCAAAGAGUAGAUAACAUAACAAAUACCCUUCAACAUUCUUAUAUCAGGGCAGCUGCUACUCAUUGUACAAAUUCCAUAUAAUGUUCAGGAUUCAGGAAUAGUCAUUUUUCUUAUUUUGUGUGAUGCAGUAUCCUCUCUUACACAAAGAUCAAAUUAAACACAUUUUUUUGCACGAUUGAAAGUAUCCUUAAUAGUUGUAAAUCU